UAGUAUAAAGAUUGCUGUCUCCUUUGUUCGCCCUCGUUGCGCAGCAGUCCUAGCGUCAUUUCUGUUCCGUUUCGAGAAUCAGCAGCUGUCACUGGCGCUGCGCUGCUGGAAGGCUCCAUCGGCGAGCUCGUAGGAGCUUGAAACGUCGCCGUCCCCUCGGCCUCCUAUCGGUUGGAAGGAAAAAUGGUUGAAGCAGAUCGCCCAGGGAAGCUCUUUAUUGGUGGGCUCAAUACAGAGACAAAUGAGAAAGCCCUUGAAGCAGUAUUUGGCAAGUAUGGACGGAUAGUGGAAGUGCUUUUGAUGAAGGACAGAGAAACCAACAAGUCAAGAGGAUUUGCUUUUGUCACAUUCGAAAGCCCAGCAGACGCAAAGGAUGCUGCCAGAGAUAUGAAUGGCAAGUCCUUAGAUGGAAAAGCCAUCAAGGUGGAGCAAGCCACCAAACCAUCAUUUGAAAGUAGUAGGCGUGGACUACCUCCACCUCCAAGAAGCAGAGGCCCUCCCAGAGGUCUUCGAGGAGGAAGAGGAGGAAGCGGAGGAACUAGAGGACCCCCCUCACGUGGAGGACACAUGGAUGAUGGUGGCUAUUCCAUGAAUUUUACCAUGAGUUCUUCGAGGGGACCUCUUCCAGUUAAAAGAGGACCACCACCACCACCACGAAGCGGGGCUCCUCCCCCUAAAAGAUCAGCACCUUCAGGGCCAAUUCGUAGCAGCAGUGGGCUGGGAGGAAGAGCUCCCGUGUCACGUGGAAGAGAUAGUUAUGGAGGCCCGCCACGAAGGGAGCCCCUUCCCUCUCGCAGAGAUGUUUAUUUGUCCCCAAGAGAUGAUGGAUAUUCCACUAAAGACAGCUAUUCAAGCAGAGACUAUCCAAGUUCUCGUGAUGCAAGAGAUUACGCACCACCACCAAGAGAUUAUACUUACCGUGAUUAUGGCCAUUCCAGUUCACGUGAUGACUACCCAUCCAGAGGCUAUAGUGAUAGAGAUGGAUAUGGCCGGGAUCGUGACUAUUCAGAUCAUCCAAGUGGAGGGUCCUACAGAGAUUCAUAUGAGAGUUAUGGUAACUCACGUAGUGCUCCACCUACACGAGGGCCCCCGCCAUCUUAUGGUGGAAGCAGUCGCUAUGAUGAUUACAGCAGCUCACGUGACGGAUAUGGUGGAAGUCGAGACAGUUACUCAAGCAGCCGAAGUGAUCUCUACUCAAGUGGUCGUGAUCGCGUUGGCAGACAAGAACGAGGGCUUCCCCCUUCUAUGGAAAGGGGCUACCCUCCUCCACGUGAUUCCUACAGCAGUUCAAGCCGCGGAGCACCAAGAGGUGGUGGCCGUGGAGGAAGCCGAUCUGAUAGAGGGGGAGGCAGAAGCAGAUACUAGGAACAAACAAAACUUUUGGACCAAAAGUCCCCAUUCAAAGAAACAAACAAAAAUGGAACCUUUCUGUCAUAAAGUACCCAAGGACUACUAAAAGGAAAAGUUGUGUUACCUUUUUAAAAUUUCCUGUUCCCCUUAAUUUUUAUGUUCUUGUGAGGGAAAAAGUAAGACGUGUUUAAUUUUAUUUGAUAUUAUGAGUUGCUUUCAACAAGCAAUUGUUAAAUGUGUAAGCCUUGACUUGUACUAGUGUUGUGAUUUUUCAAGUAAACGUGUCCCUGAAGGCCACUCCUGAUUUUUCUCAGUAACCGAGAAAAGCAAUCCUAAGAUUUUCCACAAACCUAAGCCAUCUAGAUGGCCUUUGUUCUGCUGAGCGAUGAAUCGCCCUGCCUGCCUUUGCAGACAAGCUAUCUGUUAGAGCGGGUUGGUUGGGUGUGCUCCUCUUAGGAUUUCAGGAUCUCAGGAUGUCUUCCAACUGAAAUCUCAAUGAUGACAGUAUAAAAAAAAAAAAAAAAAAAACCUGAGACCAGAUGCCUAAGAAUGUGCUACUUGCCCAGAAACCCCAAAAAGCAAAUGGAUGCUGGCCAUAUUUUGCUUUUCUGACAUUUCCUUGGGAAUCUACAAGAACCUCCCUUAUUCCCCUCCCCUAGUAAGACCAUUUAAGUGUGUGUUAAACAACUACAGAAUACUAAAUAAAACGUUUGGCCAAAACCAACCAUGAAGCUGCAGAAACGAUGCUUGCUCUUACUGUUUCAAAUUUUUGCAACUCUGUAGUGUCUCACUUUUAAAGGAACAGCUUGAUUGCAAAGGAGAAAAUAGAUAAGCAAUGAAGUUAUCUCCAACUUCCUAAAGGCUUAUGACUUCUAAAAAGUGAAUCUAUCCGCAUUCCACAUCAGAUUUAAAGCACCAAAUGCCUGUGAAACAGCAAAGAUGGUUGAACCCAAUGGUCAUACUGUCACGGAGUGCUGAUUGGUUCACAGCAGAUUAAGCUGGCCGGAAGAAAAAGUCAAAUGCUCAGAGUUGUUGAAGCAGAGGAGAGCUGAGGCUAAGCUGCAGCAGUUACAUACCCAGUGCCCGUCAGAAUUGGUUUGGUACAGGCAAUAUAGGGUUUUCCUGUCCUCAAGGGAGGGAGGCAUCAGUGUUGGUUAGACCUUAGUUAGGGAGUGGUGAUUGCUUAAAACUGACCAAAUGAAGAGAGGGAGACAAAUUGGUAAGUGGAGGUACCUACCCAAGAAGUUCUCAUGGCUCUUUGUGUAGAUUCAAUAGUUUAGGCAAAGUAAUGGGGCAACUCUGCUGAUGAUCACUGACUGUCGGAAAAUUGAAUUAGCCGGGACUGUAACUCAAUGGUGGCAUGCUUGUCCUAAAUACCAGUGAAGCCUAGCGAUCAACCCCUAGAAGCACACACAGGAAAGGAACACUCAGUCAGAAACCUGAUGCUUCCGUGAUAACUUUGUCCACUCAUGUCUGACUUUCAGCGAGUAAACCAUUGGGGAAUUAACUGUAUCGGGAAAAAUACUCACUUGUCCUAGAAAACUUAGAAGGGGGAGGAGCAGUGCCGCAAAAUGAAAGUAAAAAUUUGAAACAUUGUUCGGAUCGUGGAAAGCAAUUGAAAACAAAUAUAAGUCACAAGGUCACGGUAGUUUACCCUCAGAUGUGAGUCUUGGAAACAAAUCAUGAUACAGCUCUAGUUCAUCACUUUGGAAACUAAGCGCUAGUAAUGCAAGUGUUGAUGUUCUCAAAGGAAGCAGCUUGAGUUAGUUGUAGGGUUAAAGGAAUAAACUCAACUUCUGAGAUUUUUCUUACAGAGUUAUCUAGUGCUAUUAUGAUUAGGGAGAAUGAUCCAAAAUUUUAAAACCCCACUGGUCACAUUUCUCAUCAGAUGAGGUCACUGAGUGAAUUUCAGUAGUUGUACUUUGAAGAACAUCUCUCAAGCCUUUCAUACUCGGACGAUUCCUUGAGUAGGCACUUCCGUCAAGACCUUUUGGCUCUCGAGCAUUUUUUUUUUAUUUACAUUUUUUAGUUUCUUUUUUCUUGUUUUGGUUUUUCGAGACAGGGUUUCUCUGUAGCUUUGGAGCCUGUCCUGGAACUCCCUUUGUAGACCAGGCUGGCCUCGAACUCACAGAGAUCCGCCUGCCUCUGCCUCCCGAGUGCUAGGAUUAACGGCGUGCGCCACCACCGCCCGGCUUUUUAGAGUUUCUUAAAGAUAGUUUAGUAUAGGGAAUACUACAGUUAAUAUAAAUGCUAAAUUCAAAGUAAGGAGUGGGUAGAAAUUAUCAAGAGAACUUUUUGACAAAUUAGAGUUUACAGACCCAAGGGCCUAAAAUCUAUAAUUUGAAAAAAAAAGUUCUUGAUUCUUCUGGCUAUCCACUAGUCAUAAAGGAAUUUGAAUAAUACAGGAAGGAAGUGUGGUUUAUUUGGUACUUGGAUAUUUUGUAUUGCACCCCAAUAAAACUUGAA